UGCACAUUUUCUUAGAACAUCGCARUGCAUGCUAGUUAAUUCCCAGUGCCCCUCGACCAGCAAUCACAUGUACCUUCUUCCUCGUAAAAACCAGAAAUCAGGCCUAAAAGAACACAAAAUGGAUCCUGUGAAUCAUCCGCUCACGUUAUGGGCCCAGAGAAAAGACAAGCUCUUYAUCACCAUUGCACUUGAGGAUUGUMAAGAACCAACUAUCGACCUCACAGAGACAAAACUUACCUUCAAAUCUAAAGGCGGUCACGAUCACAAGUUAUAUGAAUUAGAAUUGGAAUUCAACCAAUCGGUGGUCCCUCAGGAAUCAAAACAGCUAGUCACAUCAAGAGAAAUUACUUUUAAUAUCAAGAAAAAAGAUGAAGGUCCAUAUUGGCCACGACUACUUAAAGAUAAAACAAAGCCACAUUUUCUUAAAACYGAUUUUAAUAAAUGGAAAGAUGAAGAUGAUUCUGACACUGAAGACACCUAUACUCCAGAUGAUGCAAAUUUUGAAAGUAUGGUCAACAGCAUGGGUGCAGGAGGUUUAGGAGAGAAGUUUGAUCCAGGAGAAGUAGACUCAGAUGACAGUGAUGAUGAAGAACUACCGGACUUAGAAGGCUAGUCCGUUUGAAGUCUAAAGAUUUUUUCAUCYCAAUGCAUUUAUAAUGCUGUGUUGUCUCAGACACUUUGGUAGGACUUUCAGUAUAUCUGGAAUUGAUACCACAAUAAUUUGGAUUUUAAAAAUAUAGUCCCUAACAUUGUUCUUCUAAGUGGUGUAGUCCCUCUCUAGUAAUAAAAAAUAUUUGUACAGUAUGUCAUCUAUGCACUUCUGUCAAAGCCAAUAAAGUACAUGUUGUGCUAGA